CUCCGCCUCGCUUUCAUGGCGGUAAACAUGGCGGAACGAAUGGAGAUUUUUUGACCAUAGGUACAAUGACAAUUCUGAAUGCUAGAUGGCAGCAGCGAUUGAUCCAAACGCUGGUGUGGAGUGUGAAGAACAAGAGCAGGAUAUACUCCAGGGUACUGAGCCUGGAGCUGGCUCAGUAGGCUAUGAACCACUCUUCUGUGUCCAACCCGAUGAGGAACUUGAUGUUUCUGUGGAUGAAAUCUGUACAGAUCCUGAAUCCAGAACAUCUGCCCACUCUGAUACCAGUCUAACUUCAGGGCACAUCUCCAGUCUUAGUAGUCACGGAUCACCUGAGGCAGCAAACAGCAGUUCCCCAAAAAUUGAUGUUAUUGAUGAAGAUGAAAACUUCAAUGAGACCUUUUUGCCAGCUCAAGCAGAUAUGCCAAGCGAGGCUGCAAGUCCAAUUGACGAGAAAAUUGCUUUGUUAAGUGUUCAAGAUGAACAAGAAGAGGCUCGAAAAACAAGAGCUGCCAGUGUCCAAGAAAUUGGAAGAGAAGCAUCAGUGGAAGAUGUUAACAACCCUCAGUGGACUUUACACAAAAAGCAUGUAUUUGCUUUCAGUGAGGCUGGAAAACCAAUUUACUCAAGGUAUGGAAAUGAGGAUAAACUGGCUACCCUGAUGGGUGUUAUGCAAGCCUUAGUUUCUUUUGUCCAGGAUGGAAAAAACACAAUAAGGUGUAUUAUGGCAGGCAACCAUAAAUUUGUAUUCUUAGUUAGAGGACAUGUAAUUUUAGUGGCUGUGGCUUACACACCGGAGUCUGUCACUCAGUUGGUGCUGCAGCUCUCCUAUGUUUAUAAUCAAAUCCUUAGUGUUUUAACUUAUACUCAAUUGGCGAGAAUUAUGGAACAGAGGAGAAAUUAUGAUCUCAGAAGACUACUGGCUGGGACAGAGAAAUUUAUAGAUAAUUUAUUGAAUUUAAUGGAUCAUGAACCAAGCUUCCUGCUAGGCUCAGUAAGGUGCUUACCUCUUUCAAGUUCGGUCAGGGAAACCAUUGGUCAAAGUAUGCUUCAAGCAAGAGUCAAGGACCUCGUAUUUGCCAUUCUGGUAGCUAAGAAUCAGUUAAUUACUUUAAUCAGACCCAAGAGGUACAGUUUGCAUCCUUCAGACCUUCAUCUCAUCUUCAACCUUGUCAGUGCAUCAACGUCUUUUCAAACUGCGGAGUCCUGGACACCGAUUUGUUUGCCACGUUUUGAUAACAGUGGCUAUCUGUAUGCGCACAUUUCCUACCUGGAUGACAACUGCCCCGCCUGUUUACUAUUACUUUCCACUGAUCGUGACGCCUUCUUUGAGUUAGCGGAAACCAGACUUAAAACUGUCGAGCGCUUGAAGAGGUACAGAUGUUUAGAGGCUAUUAAUGAGGCAGUGGCAAAAAAGAGUUAUAGCACAGAUCAGGUCGGCAUCCCGGAGCUAUAUCAUUUUAUUUACAAGUCUAAAAGUACGGCGCAGUACACUUCUCCUGAGCUGGAGGCUCCUUAUGUUGAACCCGAAGAACAAGAAAGACUCUUUGGCCUGUAUCUUUAUCUUCAUCAUCGAAUUCACUCGCCAGCCAGGCCUCUGAAAAUUUUAUGUCACGUGGGCAUACGAGAGAUGCUCCUAGGAUGGGUAACAUCCGGGUUUGAGUUGUACGCUGCCUUCAGUCCACUGGUCACAAAACCAGACGCUAUCGUUGCCAUAAACAAACUUCUGAGAUGGAUAAAGCGCGAGGAAGACAGGCUCUUUAUUCUGAGCUCUCAAGUAUUCUAAAGGUCUCACCUCUAGAAUAACCCAGAAUUUCGGAAAUGCUUGUUUCAUCACUCUGACUUGUGGCGCCCGACUUCGAGGAAUGUUGCCUUUCAAGUCUUUCACGGAAAGAUCGACGAGAGGCCGUAGAAGGAUAUUGCUUUGAAUCGAAUGAAAGAAAAAAAAAAUCUUAUUCAAAAGAUAUUAAGGAAAUAUUAGAGUUUCUUUUGUUUCAGUAGCAUAUUUUUCAUCGCGCGCUGUGAAGAUGCCCUUGUCGUCAAGGUUAUCGGGAUUCGUAACGUCGCGGCUUUACUUGUCAUGCAGAGUAUUUACAUAGUUGAAUUAGUUUUCUUUUCAUGAAGAAAUUUGAAGUGUUAUCUCAGCAAGCGUGCUCUUGUUCAGAAAUUGUUUUAUAUCUCAUCAAUAUCUAUACGCUAAUAAUAAUCAGAACAUUGCAUGUCUGCUUGUAGAUACGUAUUUGUCUUUGUCAAUAAUAUCUCUCACGAGUGGGCGAAGCGAACGAGCGAUAAAUAUAAUCAAAACUCAUAUUUUCCACAUUUUUAUUUUAGGAUUAUUUUUUAAAAGAAAUAUUUCAGCGAAAGGAAAAUAUUAAGUGUAAAUAGCUCAAACUCUGCUUUUAGACUAUUCCGACCGGCGUUGUAGAUCUAGAAGAUAUAGCAUUUGCUAGUUGCGUUCAAAACCUUUCAACCUGCUUUCAAUCAAGGUAACAAAUUUUUCUGAUUAGUUUAAAGCCGUUUCCACCCGUUAAAAGAGCAUUUUCUGUCGCUGUAGUGUUGUGUAGGCAAUAUCUUGAUUGGAUGGUUCUUAAAAGAUUCGUGACGGAUGAAAAAAAUUGUACAAGUAAAGGUGACCAAAAAGGAGGAAACCAGAGCCAUUAAAAAUCGUUGUACAUAUGGAAAACAUUAAUAAAAAUAUGGCAAAAAAAAAAGAAAGAAAGUAAUCGUCGACCGUUCUGAAGACCCUCGGAUAUUUGAUCAUUCUUUCGAGAUCUCGAAUAAGGGACGCUCUUUUUAAAGCAACAUGUUUGAUUUUGUUUUAUUACAUCACAAACAAACAGAUGGGAAAAGUGACAACCCUCCGUUUGAGGAGCGCUCCAGUGUUUGUCCCGGCGGCUGAGGAGAGAAACUUUGUUGUGGAUAGCUCGUUUUUCUUUAAAAGCAGAAAAUGUGAGAAAGUUUAGCCUCUUGAUCAUGUAUGAAUACCACGAAAAAAAAGGGUUUCACCCUACCCGUGAGGUGUGUUUAGAAUAAUGUGCGUAAUUCAUAAUGCCAGUGGAAAAAUGAUCCAAUGAACAAACACAGCGGCAUUUAUAAAUGAUAGCAAAGAUCCCAUUACAACCACACGGAAAGAAAGGAUUAACAUUCUUCGCGAGGCCGUGUCAAAGAAAGAUCCUCCCUUCCCCUCCACAUACACAAUUCGUCUUGCUCGCAACAGGCCCCCUUGUACCUUUUUUGCAGGCAGCGGUAGCUUACAAAACUCUCCAUAGAUCCAUGACCACACGAGAUAUUCCAAUAAAUUGUAGUUACGGCUGAAUUUAGGGUGAAAGGGUGCCUCUCUGCUUUGAUUCGACUUAAAGAAAAAUAAAUGCAACCGAUAUUGUUAUAAAAGGUUACGCUGCUCCACGACUACUGAUUCGGCGAAGUUCGCUCAUGCAUAUUCGUUGCAUAGGUAAUAACUAACUCUACCCAAAUCAAUCUUUUAGUUUGCACGGAUACACUUCUUACUUUCUUUCUGCCUCGAUCAACUCGAAAAGCUCCUAAAACAUGUCCGCGUUAUAAGAUCACAAAAUGUAUUCUUAAGCACUCAAAAAAGGGAAUUUUAAUGGCAUCUUUUUUAGCGCCUACUUAUUUAUCGUCUCUCGUUUCUCUUAGACUCUCGUCUAAAUACAAUCUAAGGAAUUCUAGUGAUAACCUUUUAGUUAUCUGCGUUUUAAAUCUAAAGCUACACUAGGCUAUCGCCUCGAGCGACUCUUACGCUUCUUUCGUGCUUAGCAACCUCCCGCGUGCAUCCAUAACUCAAUAGUGUACGCUGUGGUGUUUACCAUUUGUUAAUGCUCGCCUUUUCCGCCACACAUUGUUUUUCAUAGUUGUUUCUAGUAUUGAGUUUACUUUUAAUUGUAAUUUUAGCUUUUUAGCCCUUUUAUUUCGCUUUUUAAUCUUGUCAUGCGUAUUUGAACAGUUUAUGGAAUUUUCGCAUAAUAAAUGUCCUAUUAUUAUUAUUAGUUAUCAUUAUAAUACAUGUAUUAAUCAUCAAAAACUAGAGCAGUUCUCUAUAAUUUCUGGUUGAACUUUGUUCUCAGUGCAGUAAACCUCUGUUCAAAAGUUUUCAGUUCGGUGAUAAUAAAUCCCAUAUCACAAUAGCUGGACUUUGUGUCGUUCAAGUAGUUUUUCUUCCCGUUUACUUUGGGUCGUUCAAAUUCACAAAAUUUUCGAGUGAAAUUUGGUAUUGAUAAGCACGAGUAUUUCCUUUUUCAAGGAAACAACAACACUAAAUGAACCCGAAGAGCCAGUACAAUUUGUUGUCUUUGCAAAAAUUUAAAGAGGCUGAUUUCUUCCAAAUUGCACGAGAAAAAUCACGUGAUUCCUAGUUAAGGAUAUCAAAGAACAAAACUGUUGCAUACUGUCUUCGAGCUUCUUUGUUGUCCUCAUAUUGGUGGAAUACAUUUCAAGUUGCGUUACUCGCAUCCAUGAGCCCCCACACCUCAAUAUCAACAAAAGUAGGGUUUCCUCCUCUUGCUAAAUAUUGAGAUAACAUUGAUGUAUGCGGAAAUUGACCAUUUCCUUGGCCCAAUAAGUAUGGAAGUGUGUGGAAGAGAGGGUUGAAAGCCCCACUCGUAACUACGUAUCCCUGACCAUAUUGAUAUCCCUAACAGUCAUUAGCUAAGACAUCUAGUGACGUCAUACUUAUCCGCCUCUAGAAGUUCUUGAUCGUGUGACAAUAAGUUUUUAGGCUGUAGGAGGUUGCUUCCUAUUAACCGCUAGCGAAAGAGAAAACCACGCUUGCUGGCAGUUCUUAGAGGUUUUUGGGAUCUGCUGUAGCAGAGGGCAAGAGGGUUACCUGUUCACUUUCGGUUACUGGUUAUUUCAGUUAUUGAUUACCUGUUCACCGUCGGAUUCUUUUUAAAGUUUUAUUGUUAGUUUAUAAGGCCCUAAAUGGUAUGGCACCAUUAUAUAUCACGGAAUUACUUAGUUAUCGCACCUGUUCACGUACGCUAUGCUAUACUGAUCAAAAAUUUCUGGCAGUUCCGAAGUCAAGACUUAAAACAUACGGAGACAGGGCCUUUUCCCUUGCUGCACCUAAACUCUGGAACGAGCUGCCAUUAGA